AUGCGGAUGCUUCAAAAGUUAGAUCCUUUUUUGUGGCUUGUGGGAUCAGAUGUUGUUGUCAUUGAUCCUCCUAGAAAAGGAUUAGAUGCAUCUCUUAUUGAUGCAUUGAAGAAUAUAUCAUCAGUCGAGCGUAAAGCCUUGUCAUCCUCUGAAAGCACAAACUCAUCCCAGGAAGAGAAAAGACCAUGGGUUUUACGUGCUAAAGAAGCUUCAGUCCAGAUUGGAAACAGACCAUCACCAGCUAACAUCCCUCAAUCAGUGCCACAAACCCUUGUUUAUAUAAGUUGUGGAUGGGAAAGUUUUAAAGAGGACUGCAAGUCAUUGUUGUCUAGUAAGGCAUGGUAUUUGGAAAAAGCUCAUGGUUUUAAUUUCUUUCCUGGUACCCAGAGCAUUGAAGUUCUAGCAGUGUUCAAGAGGGGCCCUCAGAAAAAGAAACCAGGAAAGAAAAAGAAAAAGCAGUUGAAAGGAGCAGUCAAACAUUAA